AUGGGAGAUAUUAAAGCUAAAUGGGAGAAUAGCCCACUUGAUAUCGUGGAAAAUCAAGAUCCGAAAACAAUACUACCACGAAAUGAUAAACGGAACAUUCUCAUCACAUCUGCGCUGCCCUAUGUGAAUAACGUCCCACAUUUGGGAAAUAUCAUUGGAUGCGUUCUUAGCGCCGAUGUUUUCGCGAGAUAUUGCAAACUUCGUGGACAUCAAACUUUCUACGUCGGUGGAACUGAUGAAUAUGGUACCGCAACAGAAACGAAAGCUUUGCAAGAAGGUGUGACUCCAAGAGAGUUGUGCGACAAAUAUCACGCAAUUCACAAAAACAUUUAUGAGUGGUUCAAUAUCGAUUUCACUCAUUUUGGAAGGACUACAACUGAUGAACAAACCGAAAUUUGUCAAGAUAUGUUCUUGAAGCUUCAUAACAAUGGAUAUACCUCCACGCAAUCUGUUGACCAGUUGUUUUGUAAUAAAUGCGAAAAGUUUCUGGCUGAUCGCUUUGUGACUGGAACUUGUCCAAUGUGUAAUUAUGACGAUGCAAGGGGGGAUCAGUGUGAUGGUUGUGGAAAGCUAAUCAACGCGGUUGAGUUGAAAGACGCUAAAUGUCAUAUGUGCCAAAGCACGCCAAACGUCAAACAAUCAACACAUAUUUUUCUUGCUUUGGAUAAACUUCAGAAAAUGUCAACUGACCAUUUGAACAAGGAACUAGCGAAACCUGAUAACCGGUGGUCAGCAAAUUCCGUUGGAAUCGUGAAAUCCUGGAUGAAGCUGGGACUUGAUCCGCGUUGUAUCACCCGUGAUCUCAAAUGGGGAACUCCAGUACCUCUUGAAGGUUUCGAAAAUAAGGUGUUCUAUGUUUGGUUCGAUGCGCCUAUCGGAUAUUUGUCGAUUACCAAAUGUGUUCUUGGGAAAGAUUGGGAGAAAUGGUGGAAAAAUCCAAAGAACGUCGAACUCUACAAUUUUGUCGGAAAAGACAACGUCGCUUUCCAUGGUGUUAUGUUUCCAUGCUCCCAACUAGGUGCCAAUGAUAAUUAUACUGUAGUUAAUAAUCUCUGUGCUACCGAAUAUUUAAAUUACGAGGAUACAAAGUUCAGUAAAUCGAGAGGUACUGGAAUUUUCGGCGACGCUGCAAAGGAAACUGGAAUUCCUGCUGACAUCUGGAGAUUUUAUUUGCUUUACAUGAGACCGGAAACUCAAGACACUGCGUUUAGUUGGGAUGACUUUGUUUUGAAGGUGAAUAGCGAACUUCUCAAUAACCUAGGAAACUUUGUCAACCGCGCCUUAUCUUUCCUCGCCAAUAACUUUAAUGGAAUUGUUCCUGAAAUGGAGUUAAACGGAGAUGAUAUUGAAAUGUUGAAAGAGAUCGAAGAAGAAUGCAUUCAAUGGGAUACUCAUUUCGAUUGUGUUCAUCUCAAAGAUGCUGUUAAAUCGAUUCUGAAUGUUUCUCGCCGGGGUAAUCAGUACAUCCAAGCACAAAAACCAUGGGUUCUCAUGAAAGGAAAUGAUCAAGAAAAGAAAAGAGCGGGAACAAUUAUUGGAGUAGCUGCAAACAUUGCAUAUCACAUAGCCAUUUUAUUGCACCCAGUCAUGCCAAUUGUGUCUGAAACAAUCAGAAAACAAUGCGGACUUGAAAUUUUACCAAUUUUCACACCAUCUCCGAAAGCAUAUUUAAAGAAAGGACAUACUAUUGGAAAGCCAUCGCCCCUUUUUGAAAAGCUUGAUCCGGUCAAGAUCAAUGAAUUCAAAGUGAAAUUCGGAGGAGCUCAAUCAACACGAGUAGCUCCAUCGGCCGAUAAACCGAAUGAUGCUGCCGCCAAAAAUUCGAAGAAACCCGUCGAUAGCAAGAAGAAGAAGGAAAAAUCGCCGAAAAAUGAUUCAAAGAAGGUCGAUAUGGCAUCUCUCGUCUUUCCGGCGCUUGCUAAAAAUCAAAAAACUAUCAAACAGUUGUUGGAAGGGAAUUUGAAGAAGUUUGAGCAAGCUCGAUCCUUAUUCCAGCGCGAGAAGCUCACUGCUCUAGAAGCUGAGAAUAAAAAGCUUGAAUCCGAAGUCAAAGAACUUGUCGAGCAAUUAACUGAUGCAGAAAUCGCCGCCGGAAUCAAACAGGUUGCUAAACCAACAGUUGAUUCAAAAUCAUCUCCAUCUGGAAACGGAAAAACUGCUUCUGCUCCUGAACCUUCCGCUCCACCUCAAGAAUCGAAACCAGCGAAAAAUGAAAAAUCGAAGAAGGCCGGUGGAAACAAGAAACCGGCUGCAGCUGCCACCGAUGAUACUAUUGAUAUUGGCCGACUUGAUUUGAGAGUUGGACGAAUUAUCAAGUGUGAGAAACAUCCGGAUGCUGAUGCGCUCUACGUCGAACAAAUCGAUGUGGGAGAGACUGCGCCACGUACUGUUGUUUCUGGAUUAGUGCGGCAUGUGCCUUUGGAUCAGAUGCAAAAUCGGCUUGUGGUUGUGUUGUGCAAUUUGAAACCGGCCAAAAUGCGCGGAGUCGAAUCUCGCGCCAUGGUUAUGUGUGCCUCUUCUCCCGAAAAGGUCGAGAUUAUGGAAGUUGAUCCGUCUGGUAAACCUGGAACUCCUGUGAUCUGCCCACCGUAUGUUCACAGACCAGAUGAACAACUGAACCCAAAGAAAAAAAUUUGGGAAACGAUUGCAGAAGACUUGAAAGUUUCCGACGAAGGAUUUGCGGCUUGGAAAGGACAACCAUUGCUUGUCGGCGGAGAAACUAAAAUGGUGGCUCCAACUCUUCGCGGUGUGUUUGUUAAAUUUGCUGCCGCACUCACAGAUGAACGAUUCUCAAGUCGAACGAAAGUGGAUAUGCGCGGAAGAAAACAGAAGAAUCGAAUUGGAAAUGGUAUGCUUGAUCUGUACGAACUCGAAAACGCCGAAGAAGAAACAGUAAAGAAAGUGUCGAAAAAGAAGACGACGCCAAAACCGAAGGAUGACAUUGAAGCGUUUUUUGAUGAAAAUGAAGACGAUGACCAGAAUGAGAUUAAAGAAAAGGAAGAAGACAUUGAAGAUGAAGCUGAUGACGAAGAAGAUGAGGAUGAGGAAGAGGAAGAAGAAACAAAUAGGCAUCGAAAGCUUGAUCUGGCAAGAGGAGAAGGAAAUUCUCACUUGUCCUCUUCGGAUGAUGAUAGUAGCGAGGAGGACGAUGAAGAUGAAGAAGAUGAUGAUGAGCAAAUGGCAGAAUCCAUGAAAAUUGAAAUGGAUUUAGCAAAUUUGGACAGAGAUGCUGAACAAGUGGAAUGGAUCUCGAAGCGAAUUGCUCUGUGCAAUUUAGAAUGGGACACUGUCAAUUGCGAAGAUAUUCUGAUGCUCGUUAAAUCAUUCAUACCAGAAGGAGGAUACGUCGAAUCCGUUGGAAUCUACAUGUCGGACUUUGGCAAAGAACAACUCGAACUUGAGGAAAAAAAUGGGCCACCCGUGAAAUUAUCAAAACCUCUCGAAGAAUACACAGAAGAUGAGAUGAACGCAGAAACUAAAACGAUCGUUCGAAAAUAUCUGCUCGAUCGUUUAAAAUAUUACUAUGCUGUUAUUACGUUUAGCGAUGAGAAAAGUGCUCAAGCGGUUUAUGAAGAAUGUGAUGGAUUUCAAUUCGAAGAAACUGGACUCAAAAUGGAUAUGCGAUUUGUGCCAGAUGAUAUGGAGUUUGAGGAGGAACGGUGUCGCGAGUUUUUGAAGGCUGGAGAUGUGAAUCUCGAAAAAUAUAAACCAAAAAAGAAGCCGAAAAAUUCGAUUGCUUCGACUAGUACAAAGCUUUCUUGGGAUGAAGAUGAUCCGAGCCGUAAGAAGAAAUUCCUCGAUGCAUUUGCCGGUGAUGAAAAAGCAGGAAAGGAGCUUAUCGUGGACUCGGAUGAAUCAGACAACGAAGAAAAUAGAAAUGCACUUCUCUCUUUGCUUAAUAAUGACGAAUCUCAUAAGAAACUUGAGGUUGAAUGGUCCGGAGACGAAGAAGAAAAAGGAGAUAAUAAAAGAAAGGGAGAUUCAUCUGAUUCUGAUGGAGAAUACGUCAAAGUUGACGAUGACGAUGAUGAGAUUGGAGUGAAAAAUGGUGCAAAGAGGAAAGCAGAGGAAAAAGAUGAAGAUGAAAAGCUUUCUGGAUAUAAAGCGUAUAUGAAGAAAAAGAAGGCGAAAUUGGCAGAGAAGAAAUUAGAAUUGAGGAAGGGAGCAAGUGGACAGGGAACCACAAUUAAGAAUGCAGAAGUCAUUGAAUCGGUGGCUGGUGAUGAACGCUUCAAGGCGCUUUUCACUGAUAGUGCGUUCGCCAUUGAACCGACUUCGAAGAAAUUCAAGGGAUCCAUGUUGGCUGCACGACAGGUCAAAGAAAAGACUUCUGAGAAGCCAACUGCACCAAUCAUUAAAGAAGAUCUUGUUAACAAAUUGAAAAAGAAAAGCGAAAAAUGGGAGAAGGCUAAAAAUAAGUAG